CCGGGGUGCCUCCCACCCUCCUUGCGGAGCGGAGCCGCUAGUGAAGAGAAGAACAUAGCGGAGUUUAGUCCGUCUGCGCCCGCACCUAGCUCACCCCGCAGCACAGGCCACUGCGGGAAGAUGGCGACGGAAAAAACAAAACAUGAAGGCAGAGUGAAGAUUGGACAUUACAUUCUCGGUGACACGCUCGGCGUGGGGACGUUCGGGAAGGUUAAAGUGGGCCAACAUGAGCUGACCAAGCACCAAGUUGCAGUGAAGAUCUUGAACAGGCAGAAGAUCCGUAGCUUGGACGUGGUGGGAAAGAUCCGCAGAGAGAUUCAAAACCUCAAGCUUUUCAGGCACCCUCACAUAAUUAAACUGUAUCAGGUUAUUAGCACUCCAACAGAUAUCUUCAUGGUGAUGGAGUAUGUCUCAGGAGGAGAGCUCUUUGACUACAUCUGCAAGAAUGGAAAGUUGGAUGAAAAGGAGAGUCGUCGGCUGUUCCAGCAGAUUAUUUCAGCAGUAGAUUACUGUCACAGGCACAUGGUGGUACACCGAGACCUCAAGCCUGAAAAUGUGCUACUUGAUGCACACAUGAAUGCCAAGAUUGCGGAUUUUGGUUUGUCAAAUAUGAUGUCAGAUGGAGAGUUCCUGCGAACAAGCUGUGGUUCUCCAAACUAUGCUGCUCCAGAGGUCAUUUCAGGAAGGUUAUAUGCUGGUCCAGAGGUGGAUAUCUGGAGCAGCGGUGUCAUUCUCUAUGCCUUGUUGUGUGGCACACUUCCCUUUGAUGAUGACCACGUGCCAACACUAUUUAAGAAGAUUUGUGAUGGAAUAUUUUUCACGCCGCAGUACCUGAACCCUUCAGUAAUAAGCCUCCUUAAACACAUGCUGCAAGUGGACCCCAUGAAAAGAGCCACCAUCAAAGAAAUCCGAGAGGAUGAGUGGUUCAAACUGGACCUACCUAAGUACCUGUUCCCUGAGGACCCAUCAUACAGCAACAACAUGAUUGAUGAUGAAGCCCUUAAGGAGGUUUGUGAGAAGUUUGAGUGCACAGAGGAAGAGGUGCUGUCCUGUAUAUAUAGUCGCAACCAUCAGGAUCCACUGGCCGUCGCCUACCACCUCAUCAUUGACAAUCGACGCAUUAUGAGUGAAGCCAAGGAUUUCUAUUUGGCGUCCAGCCCUCCUGACUCUUUUCUAGACGACCAGCACCUAACUUCAUCUGGUGCAGCUGUGGCCGGUAUUAUCAAGCCCCACCCCGAACGCGUACCCUUCCUUGUGGCGGAGACCCCUCCCAGGCCUCGCCACACUUUGGACGAAUUGAACCCCCAGAAGUCCAAGCACCAGGGUGUAAGAAGAGCCAAGUGGCACCUGGGUAUCCGCAGUCAGAGUAGACCCAAUGAUAUCAUGUCAGAAGUUUGUCGUGCCAUGAAACAGCUGGAUUAUGAGUGGAAGGUUGUAAAUCCGUAUUAUUUACGGGUGAGAAGGAAGAAUCCUAUCACUGGAAUGCAAACAAAGAUGAGCCUUCAACUCUACCAGGUGGAUAGUAGAACCUACCUCCUUGACUUCCGUAGCAUAGACGAUGAUAUGUUGGAGACUAAAUCUGGAACUGCUACCCCUCUCCGCUCUGGGUCUGUGGGCAACUACCGCACCACUAUAAAGAAUAAUGUAGAUGGGACAGACGCUCCAACUGCGUCUAGCACUGUGCACACACCCAAGGCUGCAGACAGCUCCUUAGCUUCAUCUUUGACCUCAUCCGUUGACUCAACGGGAGGGGUGGACAACACCUCUGUCCCUCGACCAGGAAGCCACACCAUUGAGUUCUUUGAGAUGUGCGCAAAUCUUAUUAAACUACUUGCACGAUAGCUUGCAAAACAAUCGCUAGCCUUUUUUCCUCUCCGAGUGUCUUUAUAGCAAUAAGCAUGCAACAGAUUCAUGGCUCAGUUCAUUCCCGCAGAGGAUGAAAUGAUUGUUCCAUGGCACUUAUCCAGGUUGGCGUACCCUAAGAUGAAGGGACGCAUAUUGACUUGAUAGGGGAUUAUUGAUGAGGGGUUAUUGGGAGGGGGGUAGUGAUGGAGCAGCAACUGGUUGGCUAGGACAGAAUAACAACAUAACAGAGGGAGGGUUGUGAUUUCCUGAUAAAAUAAAUAGCAGAUAUCUGCAUCCCAUCUUAAAUGUAAGUGAUUACACUGAAUUUUCUGUACUGUAGCCAGUGAACACUGCUGUCCAGUACAGACAAUGAGGAUGCUAUUGCCUGAAGAGAAGGAAGCCACUAGUUGAUGGUUGGGUAUGUAAGGGUCUGUCAAAUAGGAUUUGGGAAGCACUUUUGCACAAAUUUCUUUUAUUUCCUGCUGCUCGUUAAUUCUCUCAGUGGGGAUCAGAGAAGUGGUGCAGAUUUAUCAGCGCUAUUGCUUGGGCUGUCUUGCCUGUCACAUUCAUUGGACUCUUGAGUAAGUGCAAUGACCCCUGUAUUUCUGUCUUGUGUCAGGGACACUUCAUCAGAUCUGUUUAGUUGUCUUUUUUUGUGAUUCUGAGUCAUCACAGACUUUUUUUAUGGUUCUGUCCAAUUCAUUUGACUUUGUCUGUCCCCUACAUUUUUAUAUAUAAAGACAUGAAUAUAUUUAUCAGUGCGUUAUGUGGACAGAGUGUUGGUUCUAUUAGAAAUCUUUCUUUUUUUCUUGCAUUAAGAUCUAUUGCUGGAUGGUAUAUAUUUUCCUUUUUUUUUCAAAUCUAUCACAAUUUGUUUUCUUUAAUCACAAUUAUUCAGAUACUUGAUUGUCUUUCCAGAUAAAUAUAGCCUGCUUUUACCAUUUAAGGGUAUUUUGCCAUGACAGUAAAAUUUAGAGAUUUCACUUUAGUGUAACUAUAUUAAAAUGACCAUUUGACUUUUUUUGUUGUAUUUUCUUGCUAUUCUUAGAUUGAUAAUUAGAAUGUCGGUAUGAUUACUAAAUGAAAUGCCUUUCUUCUGCAUUCAAUUUGUAAAUGCCAAUCCAAGUAUAGGCUUCAGGGCUCAAUUUGAAAAUGAAUAGUAGCACUUAACAUGCAGUGCAUGAAUAAUGUCUAUUGACAGGUUGAUGUUCGUUUUGAUUUUCAAUACAUUCCCCUAAAAUUUGACCUUGGGAAGAGGUUUAAUUGUGGUAAAAUGUGAAAAAAAACGUAAGCUUGGAAAUGUAAAGUUCUGCUGAUUCAUUCUGAUUAAAAGAACACUUUAUACUUCACAAAGUCAUUGAUAAUUCUAUGAUCCUCCAUUUUCUGUCCAUAGUCUUGAAGUUUAAAGUUGUUUGUUGUUUGGCUGCCUUAUCAUUAUCAGUACUGUCAAUCAGUUUUUAUGUCAUUAAAGGUUGAAAUUCUGAAUUAUUGACACCUUUGCAGUUUUAAGGGUUAAAGUCUACAAAUGAUUUUGUUAGUGUUGUUCAUGUUAAAUUUGUUAGUUUAAAAAUCCAGAUAAUUCUGUGUGUUGGCGUUAAGGAGAGAAUGCAAUUGCUGCAGAGCCUAAAAUAAACAUCGGAUAACUUAUUGCCAAACCACUGUAGACCUCAGUUCAUACUACUGCAUUUUUAAAUAAUUGUAAUCGCAAAACCAAACCAACACCAAACUUGAGUCAAGUGUUUCCUCGAUUUAAGUUUACAUUAAUUGUCUUGGUUUCCAGUUUUAGCUUUUCACAGCUUUAAAGAUGAUCUCAUUUGUAUAAACCAUUACACAUUUCAGAGUUGUUACAACAAAAAUUGUUAGUGACAAUAAUUGUGAGCGUGUUAUUUGUUUUGCUGUCCUGUGGGGCAGGUUUGGACUGAAAUAUUUAGUUGAUGUUUGAUCUUUAUGUCUCAGAGUUAAACUAGUUUGUGACAUAUAGUGAUCAUACUCAAGAAACAAUGUGGGCUAUGAAAAAAUUGUAAAACUAAACAUUUAACAAGAUAUGAAUACAAAACUUUUUCAUGACUCACAUGAUGGAAUUUGUUCAGAAGAUUAAUGUGUGAUCGUUUUUGGAGUAGUUUUCUAGAGGACUGUUUGCAGGUAAAGUCUGUCGGUCUGAACUGCUUCAAAUAAAUAUUGUUCUAUUUUUGUUUGUAUGUAAAGGGACGCUACCAGAAUGACCAGUGUAAAAUUGAAUGGACAGUGUUGGAAUCAUUUGUAUACGCCUAAUAAACUGCUAAAUUGCACAUAA